AUAGGCCCAGUCCAAUUAGCCCAUUCUAUAUAAUCCCCAGCCGCCCACUUCUUCCGCCCUUCACGCAUCUAGGGUUUCGCCGCCGCCUCUUCGUCCCCGCCGCGACGAUGCCGUCCCACAAGACCUUCCGCAUCAAGAAGAAGCUGGCGAAGAAGAUGCGCCAGAACCGCCCCAUCCCCUACUGGAUCCGCAUGCGGACCGACAACACCAUCAGGUAUAACGCGAAGCGCAGGCACUGGCGCCGCACCAAGCUUGGGUUCUGAGCAGGAGGUGGCACCGGCUGCUGCCUGCGGAUUUUGUUUUAUGGAUGUUUCAGUGUUUAUGCAAGCUUAGGAUGUGAUUCCAUGAUGCUUUUUAUUAAGGUUUUCUGAAAUGUUAAGGGUAGUAGUACUCUGGUUUACUGAGGAUACCAUGCUAUGCUGUGCUGAGUAAAAGAACCAUUCUAAUAUAUCUGCCUUGUUGAAGUUAUUUCUCAGGCUUAUUCUGUUUCA